UACAACAGAAUAAACAUGAAUAUAAAACUAAUUGCCUAACUUGUCAACAAAUUCCCUGAUCAAUAUUUAACUGACAUGGGCAUUGUAAUGAUAAAGCUAAUAAUGAUUUAGUUUUAGAUUUUUACACAGGACAUGGCUGAAUAGAAUCAAAACAAAUACUAUAAAUGGCUCCCCCUCCCCCUCACCUUUUAUAGAUUAUUUUUGUCAUGUAGAAAAGUAAUCUUUAUGUUGUAAAGAAUGAUUGUCAGUUUAGUGUGGUACAUUUUUCAUUAAAUUAAUACCUGACAAAAUCACAAAACAUUGAAAGAAAUGUUGGAACAUUUACUGUCAAGGGAAAUUCAACUAUGACACUAUUGACUAAAACUAUGCAAAUAAUUCAUAUUGGCUAAUACAGUGAAGCACCUUUGCAUAUAAAAUAUUAAUGGAAUAUUAAUGGGCAUAAAAGCUAACAAUAUCCCAGAACCUGCUGACCUGCAGUCUAAAGUUUUAAAAGAUACUAUGAAGGUAAUGGCUGCAUUGGUUCUUAUUUUCAAAAAUUUCAUAUGCAAGAAUGGUUUACACUGAUUUGGGGGAAAACACAAAUGAAACUCUCUUUAAGAGCAAAAGGAAAGUGGAAUGGCGGUAGAGACAGAUUAGCCCAAUGUCAGUCCUUGAAGUAAAUGCUAGAUGUGGUAAUAAAGCAGAGUUGGCAUGCAUUUAUGAAUGAGAAAUCACAUUUGUAAAUUUUUUGGAGUUUCUUUGUGGCUAUAAACUAGCAGAAAAUCUGAGAGAGAACCAGUGGAUGUGGUAUAUUUGACUUCCAGAAGGCUAUCAAUAUGAUACUGCACAAGAGUUAAACAAAAUGAGAGCACUUGGGAUUGGAAAAAUAUACUGGUGUGAAUGGAAUAUUAAUCAACUGAUGGUUCUAGCAUUUGUGUGUUUUUUAAAGGGAAUAUAAAUUAUUUAUAUGAAUAAGCAAGGACAUGACAGAUGGAAUAUACCAUGGACAAAUGUGAGUAAAGAAAAAAAUGGAAUUGUGGAAUUAUAAUAAAAGUUGGAGAUUGAAAGCUUAUGAGUGUCUUUGCUUAUGAAUUCUGAAAUAUUACAAUGUAGAUACAGCAAGCAUUAAGACAGACUAUAUGUUCAUCUUUUUAGACGGGCCCAAGUAUAAAAAUAUGCUAAUUAUCUACCUUACAGGAUAUGCACAAUGCCCCAGAGAAUACACACCUGAUAUUUGUGGUUAAGGGAUUGACUGAAAAAAUGCAGAUUCAGGGUUCACCAGAUUCAUUUCUGGAUUGGUAGUUUUGUACCAUGAAGAAGGAUUAAAUAGACAGGGCCUUUAUCCUUAUAAAUUUCAGAAGUGCCAUAGCAUAGAGGAAGGGAUGUGGUUUCCCCUGGUUCGGCUAUGUAGAACUAGGAUCGCAAUCUCAAAAUAAAGGGUGAGACAUUCAGGACCGAGAUGGUAAGAUUUUUGUUUCACCCAAAGGAUUAUCUACAUCUCAAAUUCUCUUCCCAAAUGGAGGCUUGUCUUGAGUGUAUUCAAGGCAAAUAAAUCACAGAACAAAAUGGGCUAAUGUGGCAAUUUUAAACUUAGAUUCCCAAAUUUUAAAUUUAGAUUCCCAGUAACUGUGGUACAGUAUUUGCCACUGAUUCUUACAGCUCCUGUCUCACUGAAUAGUGGAAUUCACAUGAAAGGAUAAAUAAUCUAUUCCUACUUCCUGCUAGUAUCAUGGUAUUCCUCAAUUUGGGAAGGAAAAGGGGAAAUCAAUUAAUCAUCCACAGGUUUCAUGAAAUUAUACAAGUUUAUAUGAAGAUUCAAAAACAUAUCCAAAAGGAAAAUGAAAUUUACUUCCUAAAAGUUUUAGACUUUCUUCUAUUGUAACAGUGUUUUUCAUAUUUACUCCUUUCAACCAUUCAGUGCUCUGUGACAUUUUAAAGCAGAAAAACUAGCAGAGGGCUGUAAUCUCAGCACUCCUCCGAUUCCACAUCGUUAUUCAUCCUUCAGCAUCAUUGUUCUUUAUGAAAUUGCCACGCUGUGAUCUUGGAAUGCCUUUUCUCCUUUAAGAUACUGUUUAGAAUCGAACUUUGCUCCUUGGUCCCGAUGUUUCCGGACAGAUACAGCUGCAAACCUUUUGCUGGGCAAAGGAAAUGUCAUCUGAAUGCUACGUUAACUGUUGCCUUCACCGCAGAAUACUUGUAAGAAAGGUUUCGGCCCGAAACGUCAACUGUUUACUCUUUUCCAUGGAUGCUGCCUGGCCUGCUGCGUUCACCAGCAACUUUUGCGUGUGUUGUAUGUACAUAGCAGAUUGUUUUUUUGGUAUAGUAUUUGCACAAUUUGUUUAGGCAUAUUCCUUAUUUGUCCGUUCUUGUGUGCAGUUUUUGAUUUAUUCUAUCGCGUUGUUUUGUAUUUACUGUGAAUACCCGCAAGAAAAUGAAUGAGUGUAGUCCAUGGUGACAGUAAGUGUACGCUGAAAAUAAAUUUACUUUGUACUGAUUCCGUACACUUGCCCAGCACCCUAGCGGCGACGCCUGGAUCCUGACUGACGUGAGCCUUGCUUUCGGCUGUGAAGAAGCAGUACGCACUUCUCCGGUACGGGAAGAUAGCCCACAUCCUAAGUAAACCAAGCCCCUGCUGCUGGGUGAGGUGAAGUGCGACGUUACCAUCGUUUGAGAAAAAAAGCCCACGCGCCGCCCGCUCCCUCGCAAACGGUCCGGCGAGCGGAGAGCGGAGAGCGGAGAGCGGGGCGGGCACCUAGGGGUCACGUGUGCGCCAAGCGCCCAAUCGGAGUGGCGCAGAGGCGGGUGUUUGUGAGGGGGCCGUCCGGCACAUGACGCCGGGUUACACGAAUGGGGUUGACGAAGCGAUGUUUAUGAGGCACUCGGAGGCUGUGGAGCUGCCAUGACAGAACAAAUAGCAUCUUCGGAUUUGAUAGACUGCAGCCCUGUAUCUUGUGAUCUGAAUUUCAUGGAGGCUAUCAGUCAGAAAAUGAGAAUUCCUAAUAGACUGAAAGUGACCGAAGAGCUGGGAGAUGAAGAGAAAGCAGAAGAUAUUCAGCUAUCAACAUUACACAUGCAGAUUCCUGAAAGAAUAUCAAUGGGAGAAACAGAAAUGCAGGAUAUUGGAGCAAGGCCGUAUUUGCAUAGUUGGUUCCACAGUAAUCCUGUGAAUAUAGAUCCUCCAUCACUUAGCGUCUCUCCUCAAUUAAUGUUUGGAACCUCCCAGGCUAUGAAUGUGGAUAGAUCCGAGAGUCCACUCCAGAUGAUUGCCUCCCAGAAUUCCAGUAGAUCACGAACAUUAAGUGAGAAUGAAUUCUGUCUAUCAAGUCUGCCCAGAAGACAGAGGAAAUUGAAUCAUCGCUCCAAUGUUCCAAAGCCUUCCUUCCUUUCACCUGGACCUGGCCAGGCAAUAUUUUCAUUUCAUAAUGUGUGCAAUGUAUUAAGUUAUGCUGGACGCAAAUUGUUCGAGUAUUUAACGGAAUCAGUCUGUCAGAAAACGGGAAGCAGAAAUCGGUUCCAUAAUCAGCCCCUUUCUGGCAGCAUAUACUCAGAUGCGACUAAUCAAACGAGGAAUCAAAGCGUGGCCCCUGAUUACACUAUACCUGAAGGUGUGCUUGAAAAUUUCAGUGUAAUGGAAAUUGUAACCCUCCGACGACAGUUGAACAAGUUGAAUCGCCGCCUACAAUUAUUAGAACAGGAGAGUCGGGACCAUGCUCGGAAAGAAUUUGUUCUCUAUUCCAUCAUUUUUGCAGCCUGUUUUGUCAACAGUUGGCUUUGGCUGAGGAAGUGACAUUGUUCCAACUGCACUGCUGGAGGCUAGACUAUCUUCUGUGAGCAGCAUGGCAGAUAACAUCAUUUCUAUUGUGCAACAGCCUGUAUCGUCACUGAAAUACAAAGUCUGGAACAACUUGAUGAAAUGAUUUUAACAGCACAAUAGCAAGGGUUUGGGAAAAGCUAUUAUAAUAUAAUGCUCUCAGAUCUAAUUAAUUACUCUAAAGUCAACUAAUAACUGUAUCUAAUAUAUAUCAUGGAAAAUUCUGAAAUACUUCAUCUAGCUAACUGCAAUCAAAGAAAUCAAUUUGAAAAUUAUUACCCUAAUCCUAAACAGAUGACAAAUCAGAAAGAAAAUAUCCUUUUGCUGGUAAUCAAAAUCUAUUUUGUAUCUCCCCAAAUGUGAAUGCCUAUGCUCUCAGUGAGACUGUAGGAAUUUUUGCAAUUAUAUUGUUCUCUUGCAUUAUAUUGGAUAGUUGUGAUAAUUGCACAGCUGUAGAACCCACAGCAUUUCCUUAGCUGUAAACAAACUUUUGGAUGAACUCAGCAACUCUAGCAAUUUAGAUUUUGCUCCAGAUUCCAGCAUUUGUGGUUUCUUGUAUCAACAUUUCCUUAGUUGAUGCCAUUUAUAAUUGCCAGAUCAUACAUAGGGGUAAGUUGACAGUUCCCUGGAGAACAACUGGCCUGCUACUGUAUGUAUACCUUCAGCUUGAUUCAGCAUAACUACAGAGUUUCAUAAUAUCCCUAGGUAGUGUAUGUAUCUGAAUUCUUUAUUCUGUAUUCCAUUAUAGAGCUAUGGUAACAGGAGAUUAAGAACAGGUUACAUAUCUCUGUCCUGUAGCAGAGGAAAUGAGUAAACUAAAGGAAAAUUAUUUUCCAUUACCCGCCAUUUUUAUACAUUUCUGAGAAUAUCUUGACCACUUCUAAGAGUUGUUUACGGUGAAAGUCAACUAGUUAAUCUGUUAAAAUUAGAACAAUUAAAAUUCAGAAUUACCAGGGUGCCUGUUAACAGUUGCACAUUUCAAUAUCAGAAGUUAAUUUCAUGAGCACUAAUAUGACACACAAAUUCUUUGUAAAUAAAUAUCCUUUGAUUUUUUUUUUACAUACCUAUCCAGUUAUUGGGAUAAAAUGUGUCAAUGCAAAUGGUAGAAUGAGGUAUGUGAUAGAGACAUUAUUAAUGCUAAAGGCUGUCACAUUAAAGAUGUGUGCAUUGAUUCACAAUUGUGCAUGAUGUAAGGUGGGUGGUGUUUAAAAUCUGGUCAUUACUUUCGACAUCUUAACUUUGAACAAUGGUUAAAUAAUCAGUACCUUAAAAAAGUGAUGGGCAAUGGGUCUAGCAGGAUUUCAGUUUCAAAUAAGAUGCUCCUCCAUUGUUGGACAAUGCAUUAUGCAAUGGUAAACUGAAUGGUAAGAUAUAAUUAAGCUGUAAACUGGGAGUUUGAUGAAGGAGCUCUUGGAAUGAAGAUUAAAACCAGUCCAGUGAAAUGCAAGCGACAGAUGUUUAAUUUACAGUCAUACAUUCUGAGUAAUAAGGCAAGUGUGGCUUAAUUGAAGAAUUUUUUGAAUAAAAGAAUACCUCCUUAUGCAUUCUGUCAU